AUGGACGCUGGCCACAACCAUGGCCAGUCGCCGCCGACGCCGUCGUCCACGGAAACCCUGAUGGCGGCGCUCCUCAACGUUCCAGCCGCGCAGCUCCCCGGCCUCGAGCGGGCGCUGGCCGCCGACGCGCGCCGGCUGCGAUCCCGCCUCGCGUUCCUCCUCCUCUCCCCGCCGCACUUCGCCCGCGCGCUCGCGCGGCUUCGCUCGAUGCCUCUCCCCGCCAAGGCCGCGCUGCUCGGCCGCGCCCUCCUCCGCUCCCUCGUCUUGCUCCUCCCGGCGCUCUGCCCCGACCACCACCACCUCCUUCUCCAGCCGCCCGACCUCGACGCCGCUCUCCUCCUCCUCGCCAUGUGCGACUCCUACUCCCCCGCGGCCGCCAGCCCCACCCCCGUGGACUGGCGCGCGGUGAUCGUGGACGACGUGGUGGCGUCCGCGCUCUCCGUCUCCGGCCUCGGCGCCACGCCCUGGGCCGCACUCGCCCCCUACGUCGACGCGGCCGCCAAGUGCCGCCGGUUCGCGGACGUCGCCGCGGUGGCAGCUGGCGACGGUGGGACGACGACGAAGGACGGCGAGGGGAGCGGGGCCGCGUCGUACGCCGCCGUGCUGGCGCUGCCACCAGCGGCCGGGGACGGCGCGCCGUGCGCCAUCUGCUGGGAGGAGAUGAUGGCUCGCGGACGACGCGGCGUGUGCGGGCUCAGGCCGUGCGGGCACCGGUUCCACUGGCGCUGCGCGCUGCCCUGGCUGGCCCGGCGCAACACCUGCCCGUGCUGCCGCGCCGAGCUGCCCGCCGAGGACCCGCUCGCGGAGACGCGGCGGCUGUGGCGGGGCGUCGAGAGGAUGGCGCGCGGCGGGUGA